GUGUCCCGCACUGAGCCCGGGAGCUGCCGCAGCUCAUGGCCAAAACAUGAACUUGUCGAUUUAACCGGAUCAGUUACUGCUAGUGAGGGGGGAAAAAAGGAAAAUCCUUUGAAAUUUAUCUUUCUCUUCAGGUUUAAAAAGUCUCAGAGGAAGGAGGGAAGAAUGAACGUGUCUGACCUUGGCCAGAGCUCUGAUGAAGACGUGUGUGCCGAGGACAUCGAUGAAGAUGAAAUCCUGGCUAACCUGUCCCCUGAGGAGCUAAAGGAGUUGCAGAGUGAGAUGGAAGUCAUGGCCCCAGACCCUGAAGUGCCAACUGGGAUGAUACAGAAGGAUCAGACGGAGAAAGCCCCCACGGGGAGCUUCGACCACAGGUCCCUGGUUGACUACCUGUACUGGCAGAAAGCAUCCAGACGCAUGCUCGAGGAUGAGAGAGUUCCUGUCACCCUCCUGCCCUCUGAGAGAAGUGCUGUGGAGGAGAUGGAAGGAGAGGCCGGCAGAAGUGGUGAGGUGGAUGGCGGGAGGAUGCCAGGAACAGAGGAAAAAGUGAGACAUUACCAAAAUGAGCACGUGUCUGAGUCGAGAACACAGCCAGGGGAGACAAAGAAAGAUGGAAGUGAUAAGGAGAGAGUGGCAGAGGAGGAUGAGAAAGAAGAAGCAGAUGAGGAAGAGGAGGAAGAAGAAGAAAAUGAGACCGAAUUGGAAACAAAGGAGAAUUACACCAGUGAAAACAGUCACAGCAACCAGAUAAGUCAGAAGCCAGGUACAGAACCUGGAGAAAUCAAAGAAAAGCCUAAGGAAAAUGAAAAGAAAAUAUCAAAACUGAACAUCCCCCAGAAGUUAGCGCUGGACACCAGCUUCAUGAAGCUAAGUGCCAGGCCUUCAGGAAAUCAAACCAAUUUAGAAGACAGCUUGGAGAAAGUCCGAAAAAACAACCCAGAUGUGAAGGAGCUCAACCUAAACAACAUAGAAAACGUCCCCAAGGAAAUGCUGAUAGAUUUUGUCAACGCCAUGAAAAAGAAUAAGAACAUAAAGACGUUCAGCUUGGCCAACGUGGGGGCCGACGACAACGUGGCUUUUGCGCUGGCCAACAUGCUGAGGGAGAACAGGAGCAUCACCACCUUGAACAUUGAUUCCAACUUCAUCUCUGGCAAAGGCAUCGUGGCCAUCAUGCGCUGCCUGCAGUACAACGAGACGCUGACGGAGCUCCGCUUCCACAACCAGAGGGGCCUGCUGGGCCACCAGGCGGAGAUGGAGAUCGCCAGGCUGCUGAAAGCCAACACCACCCUCCUUAAAAUGGGCUAUCACUUCGAGCUGCCGGGGCCCAGGAUGGUGGUGACCAACCUGCUCAGCAGGAACCUGGACAAGCAGAGGCAAAAGAGGCAAGAGGGGCAAAGGCAGCAGCAAAUGAAAGAGCAGAAAGAGUUGAUAGCGAUGCUGGAAAAUGGACUCGGGUUGCCUCCCGGGAUGUGGGAAAUGCUGGGGGGACCGCUGCCCCAGCUGAGGAUGCAGGAGCACCCGCAAGCCCCCAAACCCCCCGUCCCUGCAGCUGUGUCACUGAGCAAGAGGCAGGAGAACACGAGGCCGCCAGCACCCGAGGAGCCGCGCAGAGAGAAACCCAUCAGCUUCAAAGUGGUCAAGCUGAAGAAGACUCAGCGCAAACCUCCCGUGCCAGAGUACGUGGAACCCGCUGAGAAAACCAACCUCAAAGACGUCAUCAAAACACUGAAACCAGUUCCCAGGAGAAGACCCCCUCCCCUGGUGGAAAUAACCCCGAGGGAUCAGCUCCUCAACGACAUCCGCCAGAGCAACGUCGCUUAUCUCAAGCCGGUGCCGUUGCCAAAGCAGCUGGAGUGAGAGACCAGACUGACCUGGAGAAAACAACUUGGGAUAAGGACUAUUCAAGUUUUGCUUACAACUGUUUCAGCAGAUGUUUUCUGCAGAGCCCAGGUGGUGUAUUCAACUCUUUGGGAACAAAACUUGCAAUAAACACUUGUUUAAGUGUGGUGAAAA